UGAACAACUCUGAUUGAAAUGUCAUUUGUCAAUACCUACUUAGUCUGUGAUGUGAACGCAUUUCUGACAAAAUUAUUAAACUCUUAAUCUUUGCUAAAUUAGAUAUAAUUAUAAAAAGGCAGUUAUUAUAAAUAAGUUUUUAUUUCGAAAUAAUGCUACUUAAAAGAAUAAAUAUAUUAUUUACGACAAAGUGCACACGUGUUGUAAAUUAUGUUACUAAAGCACCAAAACCAGAGAUCCCAAAAAAUCCAUUAAAAAAUGUAUAUUCCGCAUCAGAUCAGAAAGAGAAUGGGGUUGUGUAUGACAGAAAACCUUUCAAGUUAACAUUGCAAGAAGGCAAAACAUAUAGUUGGUGUCUCUGUGGUCGUUCUAAGUCACAGCCCCUCUGUGAUGGUACACAUAAAGAUAUUUAUCUAAAGAUAACACAAAGACCUAUUCGGUUUACUGUAGAAAAAACAAAGGAAUAUUGGCUAUGUAACUGUAAGCAAACUAAAAAUAGACCAUUUUGUGAUGGAACACAUAAGCAAAAAGAAGUUCAAGAUGCUACAUCGAUUAAAGUGUAGAAAUAAAAUCAGUUAUUAUUAGAACCUGUAACAUUAACUUGACUCCAUAAGUAGUAAUUCUUGUUGGGAUCAUUAGGUUUUUGGUACACAAAAGAUAAAAACAAGUUAUGUAAAUGUAGAAUAAGAUGUUGAAUAAAAGUUUUAUGUAAAAUAUAAACAUUUAUUU